UCAAGGUCUCCAUUCUUCCACGCAAGAGAUAAGGUCUUUGUGACAUUGAGCUCGGCUUUGUCUCAGCUUCCAUGGACUUAUUUUCUUUCAUGAGUUUCCUUGUGCUUCACGUGCCGCCUUUGUCUCAUUGUACGUUUGCCUCAAGCAUAUUCACAUGGCUACUCACUUGAUAAUCGUCUAUGCACUCCCUUCCAUGCCCUCCCCUCUUCUCAGAUACUCCUUCUCGCAAAACAACAAAAAACACCAUCGCAACUAUACCCCUAAACAUCAAACCCCCACUGACAACUUCCUCAACCUUUCCAAUGGGUAAUAAAGUCGCCGUCUCCUUCGGCGUCGUCAUGGCCAUCUUCAUUGUCCUGGCUCUGACCUUCUUCUCCUUCUCCGCCUUCAGGCACUCCCGCCGCAACACUGCCGCUCAUCGUCAACACCACGACGCUCGCCUGGAUCAGUGGAUCUCUCGUGUCAAGAGAAGAACUUGGCUGCCUUCAUCCAACAAUCACGUUGAUCGUGAUGUGGAAAUGCAGGCUCCUAUCGUCCCUCCUGUUCCUCGUCGCCCUGAGAAUGUUCAUGUGCGUACGGGGCCUGCUAGGGUUUCUAGAAUGGAUAAGGUUUUUGAUCUGGCUUUGAGUAAGAAUGCUCAGAGGGUUGAGUUUUGCGACGUGCUUCUCAAUUCGCCUCCUAAAACUCAGCAUAGUGUUGUUCCUGCUGGAUUUGUUUGAAUGACCUGAAGACGGUAGGAGCGAGGGCAAGCCUGAAGACUUGCAGUCGCCUUGUAAUUUUAUGACCUGAAAAUAUGUUUUAAUUGGUAGCUGGUCUACCUCCAACGAUAAUGACAAGAUAUUCUCCCAAUGGCUUUCUAUCCCAAUGCUGCUUCUGUGAUCGUGACUGUAGUACAUGCCGUGACUUAAAGCUUUGUUCGUUACUCGACUUAAACUACUUGACAUUACGAAUCAACAGGCUUCUCUUCCCGAA